AUGUCGUACGCCAGUCGUAAGCCUCAGUCUCGCGCCGAGGCAGAUGCACAUGCCCGAACUCUACGCGCUCUUGUGAAACUACCUGAAAAUAAGCACUGUGCUGAUUGCAAAAGAAAUGAUACGCGAUGGGCGUCGUGGAACAUUGGAUGCUUCUUGUGUAUUCGAUGCUCCGGCAUUCAUCGGAGCAUGGGUACACAUAUCAGUCGUGUCAAGUCCAUUGACUUGGACAUUUGGACACCAGAACAAAUGAAUUCUAUUCAAAAGUGGGGUAACAAACGGGCGAAUGCUUACUGGGAAGCCCACCUUAAGGCUGGGCAUGCCCCACCCGAUCACAAAGUGGAAAGUUUUAUUCGCAGCAAGUAUGAGCUUCGCCGAUGGGCAAGGCAAACUCCCAUCCCCGAGGAUCCAUCUGUGCUCGAUACUGACACAGCUCAAGCUCCUACGGCGACGACGCAGCCUCGCCUGCCGCCAACAUCCACGCGCAGUGUGCCUCAAGCGCAGGCUUCUAUCGCACCCAAGCCUGGUUCAGGGGCACUUCUUGAUUUGCUGGGUGAUGGUGAGGCACCGAUGUCAAGACCAUCGACCGGUGUGGCUCCUGCGCUUGCGCCGGCGCCCAAGGCCACGACUGAGACGAAAAGCAAUCUAUUUGAACUAGACUGGGACGACGCUUCGUCAAAAAAUACAGCCCCUAUAACCAACAAUGUGCAGUCAAAACGUCAUAAAGACGAGAUCCUCAGCUUGUUUUCCAAGCCAUCUGCCCCACCCCAUCCUGUGAUGAACGACGAUCUUUUUACCUCCUUCGCUACAGCUUCUGAACCAAGUGUCUCUUCGGCUUUGGGCUCUUUGUCUCUAGGCUCACCGCCUCAGGCCCCGGCAUCGUCGUCACUUUCAUCGAUACCACCCCUGCCGUCGCGUGAUGCACCACCUACAGCCAUGUUAAAUACGCAAGAUAUAUGGGGAACACCUUCACAACCCAGUGUCCCAGAGCAGGAGGAUGCUUUUGCCGAUAUCUGGGGCGACUUUAAGUAG